UCGAAGAAUACCCAAGACAUCCGCGAAGACUUCAUUACCGCGGUCUACCCCACCACGACGGCAAUCUUUGCUGGCUUGUCCACACAUCGAACAUUCGAAGAAAAGCACUUGUAUGAUGUGCUGCCUCAUCGCGACAGUGUACUGUACGCGAGUGACAUCGAUAGAGUGCGUCACCCCGUCAGGCGCUCCCCGAACGUAUCGUACAUCCGACGCAACGACCUGCGAAAGACAACACAAGACGAGAGAGCAGAGAGAACACCAUGGCAUACGAUUACGCAGACUGCCUGCAGCAUGUCUGUAGCACGCAGCAGGCAAUCGUGUCAUCCCGGCCGUCUUCCUCCGUGGGGCAGGCGCAAAGACGGAGGUCAAGUAUCGACAUGCAGACUCGCAACCGACGACCAGUGGCGCAACAUGAGCUUCUCACGACUCGGUGACACCUAUGACGAACGUAUGCCACGGCUACCUGAGGUAUGA